UGCGGAUCUGGGAUGAAUUAAUACAGAAAUGUGAGCGAGGAUGCUCAAAUAUUGCGAUGCAGGGACCCUGUAUGUGUUUCGCAUGAAGGGAAGGAUGACAUCUGCAAGAUGUGACUGAGGGGAACCGCAGAUGAAUUUUAAUUGGCAUCGCAGCAGGACAAUACUCUACGCCACACAGCCAGAUCAAUCAAGGUGUGGAUGGAGGACCACCGGAUCAAGACCCUGUCAUGGCCAGCCCAAUGUCUAGACCUGGGUAGGGUUGCACCAGCUGUGCGUAAGGUCUCACGCAGUAAGCAGUAAAUUGAGAAGCCGCACAGUGGCUUCCCCCUCAGGGCACUGCGACACAUUUAGACAUCAAUCAGUCUGAGCCAUAGCAUUGGAUGACAUGCCUUCCAUGACUCAAACUACAAGGAGCUGAGUUUUGAAUUCACAGGACUUCCUGAAAUACAUUCUAUGGAGGUCAAAGGUCACCUGAUCACUGCCAUGGGCUUAGGGGCUCCAGAUGUCCCGGGCUGUCAGGACAGCAAGUUGCAAACCGAGCAAAUCUCAGAGCUGCAGGAACGAAAACUGAGUCUGCAGAGCCUUUUAAACAGUCGUCUCGGAGAGCUUCGACAAGUGUGUCUUCAGGAGGCGGAGUUCACAGGAAAGCUUCCACGUGAUUUUCCUUUAGAAGCAGGGGAAAGACCUCCAUAUGUUCAACGCCGUGCUGGCCUGGCCCCUCAUGUUACUUCAAAAGAAGAGGAUGAUCCAGGUCAGCGAAGGCAGAUGAAGGCUCUCUUCAGUGGCGCUUUGCGCCGGAGCAUAGAUUCUGAUAAAAACAUAUUGCACAGUAAGAGGACUGUUCAUCGGGGAUGCCACACAGAGGAAACUGUGAAGUCAGAAUGCAGUUCGAUGUCAGACUCAACAUCUCACGACAAUGAGGAUUCAACGCCCAGUGUGGCACCUGAGCAUCGCUCCUUGUCUCACCCCAGGCUGGCUCCAGGCAGUCCUGACAGCAGGCUGUGUAGAAAGCUGUCCCCUGUGGAGAUCUACUACGAAAUGAGGACUCGCCGCAACUCUGCCUCAAGCUCUGUGAGACCUGAGAAUUCUGGUGGUUUUACACUAAAGCAGUGGUGUGGCAGUCCAGAUGUCCCUCAGUUUGUACCACUCGUCCCUUUGGAGGGCUCCUCCUCUGAACGUCGCAGCUGCCCCUACAGCUCCCGUGCUCGCCGUAGCAACAGCUCAGAGGCACUGCUUGACCGCUCGAGUCUCCCCGAGCCUGGACCUCCCUGCAACGGUAUGCCACAUCGAGCUGGACCGUACAAAAGCUCGGAGUCCCUCACAGAUGGGAAGCUCCGUCAGAUCUAUCAAGGCAGCCCAGAGAGACAGAUGAUGGGAUUUAAAGAACAGGGUCGAAUGCGCUCCUCUCUUGGUGGCCAAAGCAGUGGCAUGGGUUACAAUGAAAUUUUGAUGGACUACAUUUGGGGCAAACAGCAAAAGAGGCCAGUGCAGAACCAGUCAACAGGACGAAUCUGGCCGGAUUUCUCCACUCCUCCAUCAGGCACUCCUCCACACUACAAUGGUUUCUCACACUCGCAGUUGCAUCUGUCUGCUGCCCCACCUUCCUAUAGCCCCAUGCUGUUGCGGGGCCAAGAGGCCGAACACCGUCGGGUCAAAGUGACCCGAACGAAAUCCUGUGGCCCCUUCAUCCCUUUGCAGCAGCACCCACAGGAUUCUGUGUUGUUCUCGGCUUAUGAUCCUUUGCUCACCUCCUCUGGGUCCACCACCUCUUCAAUUCCCAACCUGCUUCCCCAUCAUACAGAGCUGUCUGCUGGUGCAGCUUUCGGGCGCAGACCUCUACAAUUUUCUCUGCCUACCCCUGAGGAUUCUACGCGGAGUCUGCACAAGGCCCUGGCUCUGGAGGGACUCCGUGACUGGUAUCUGAGGAACGCCUUGGGCUAUUCCACUACGGCGAAAGGUCAUGAUGGACUUGGUAUGCGCCAUUCGCAUACUCACCACCUGGUGCACCAGCCUCAGUCCAUUCCAGCUGACCCACUGUAUUCACACCGUCAAAUACCUCAGUCAGCUUCGUUCCAUGGGCAUCCUUUGCAUGCCAGGUCUGUGGAGCUCUCUCUCUACCCAGAGCCUUUCCCCUCAGAGGGGAGCACACAAAAAGAGUCAGGCUCUGAGCCCCCUUCACCUGGAACGCUAGUCUGACUGGCAGCCAACAUACCCCAUGGACUCCAUGAUCCAAUACGAUACCUUGUUCUAGGGAUGCACCAGUCUGGGACUGCUGGUGUACUCAUACUCGUUAAAAUGCUCCGAUACCAAAUUCCGAUUCCAUCCAUCGCAUAUGCAUCAUUUGUAGCAUAAACGGUGCCACAUGGGCAGCAAAACAAGUAGUGGAUUGGCGAUAUUUCAAGAUUAACAACAUCUAUGAUAUAUUCGCUUUGAAUGCUUGUAAAUGCAUGGGCGCACAGAGCACAUCUAGAAUGCGCACAGAUGAGCAAGUGUACCAAGCGCAGUCUCCUUUAAUGUCCUAAGAGUUCAUUAAAAUAUUAAACGUGCUACCCUCAAAUCACCAGUCUGAAAAUGGUAUCUGUGCAUCUCUAUCUUGAUCAGCAAUUAAAGAAGCAUCUUGAAACAACAUAACUGAAAUAGUGUAAUCAAGGAGUCAUAGAUUUAGAGUUGCACUUGAUGGUAAACCAUUGUAUCAGGAGCCUUUUAUUUUUCAUUCUCUAUUAAUGGGAUGUUAUUGUAUCGUGUAGCUACAUUUUCAUAUAAAGUUCAUCUUUGCUUUACCUUGAGAUAUAUAUAUUUUCAGAGAAUAAAAUAGAUUAUAAAUGUAUGUAUUCUAAAUUAAUAUUUUGUAACUAAUAUGGUUCAGGUGAACAGUCAUUUAAUAAUAUACAAGUCUACUCCGAGUUUAACGAACUCAUGCAUUUUAAUGUACUAUAACAGCAGUGAAUGUGUUGCAUACCUGUUUGUUUAUAUAUAUCUAUAUGUAGCUAUGAAUAAUAUGACAAAGUAAUUUAAUAUAGAUGGCUUUGAAGUGAGGGUGAGCUUUCACUUAUGUUUUCUGACAUCUCUGACUUGCAAACAAGCUUAUGCCUGCUAUGGAAAACUCGGAAAUGAUCUUUAAAGCUCUAUUUGCCCACAGUCGUUGAAUCAUCAAUUUCCAUUAAUCUUGAAAAGGACUGUCGACUUGGGUACUUGCUUAAUAUCCAGAAAUAUUGACCAGUUUAGGGCCAGAAAAAAGUCGAACAACAUGCAUGGCAAGAUAUUAAAAUGAAACCAAGCAUCCCAAUCAACAACUUCACACAGAAUCCGAAAUAUCAUACCGUGUAGUGUAGAUGAGAGGCGUAAAUGUAGCAUAAUCGAUGAGUUUUCAAACAAAGAGUGUAUAAAUGUUUAUGUGGCCAUGUUGGAUUUGGAAACCACUUUAGUAGAAUAUAACUCUGGAUUAUUCAGCCAAUUCUAGCUAAACGUCUUCUGUAGUUUACAUGUUGAGAUGUGGCAUAAGCUGGCCUUAUGUCAGCACAGUUUGGGGGGCAAAAUACCUUUUGAUUGUCUCAACCAAUUAAGCAGUGUAGUCAAACUGUUUACGUAUUAGUGCAGUAACUUUGCAGGUACUUUUGUUACAAUUUCUGACUUUAUUUUGUUUUUCUUUGAACUGUUUCUUUGCUCCUGAAAUUCAUUAUAUUGAGUCUAUAAAUUCUGGACUAACUACACAUUACUGGCUAACAUCAAAGAUUGUUAUUACCAUUUAGAUGCAGAGUUUCUGAAGAUUGCCUUUGAGUUCAGUACAAUUUGUUGUUCACCUUGCAGAUCUAUUAGAGACAAGAAUGUAUUGGUUACUCUUUAAUCUAAUGCUGUGAUAGAUGAAUGACUUGACUAAGACGGUACUGGGUAAUGAGACUUGAAAUAGAUGAUAUUAAUGCAUAUGUAACUGCUACUAGUCAUCUUGCAGGUUUGCGAGGUGUCUCCACUCCAGCAGGUUAUCUGAAACUCAUGACCAAACAGCUGUGCAUUGCUAGUCUCUUUUAGUGUGUUUUGAUUACAUAAAUGUCUGUACUGUAAUGAAUUAUACAAAAUGAAUACUAUAUGUAGCAACAUGAAUAAAUCAAUAUAUAUUGUAUAUUUAUGAACUGAUUAGAUUUGUAAACAUAUUUAUUUGUAUAUUACAUGCCUCUGUUUACACCAGCGAAAAAGGGACUACAAAGUUUUCAUCUUCAUGAAUUUCAUCCCAUUUUGACUUUAAACUGUGCUAUCCUUUCAGCAUUACGUAUCUGAAAUGUAUUGCUUGGAGAUUUGUUUUCCAUAUUUCUUUUUACUUUUUUUGUUUGUUUGUUUUCAAAUCACCCAUUCUUGUUGGGGACAACA